GGGGUGGAGUUGGGUAGGACUCCCGCGCCCAGCCCCCCUGACGUCCCCGCGUUGGUCAGGUCAGACCCUGAAGAUGACGGAGGUGGUCGGGGGACCCAGCGUUCCAGAACCCAGCGAGAUCCGGGCUCUAAAGCAGUGUCUCCUGUGUCGCAACCACAGCCGGGAACAGCACGGCGUGGCGGCCUCCUGCCUCGAGGAGCUGAGGAGCAAGGCUUGUGACAUUCUGGCCAUUGACAAGUCCCUGGCACCAGUCACCCUGGUCCUGGCAGAGGAUGGCACCAUAGUGGAUGAUGACGAUUACUUCCUGUGUCUUCCUGCCAAUACUAAGUUUGUGGCACUGGCUGGGAAUGAGAAGUGGGCGUACAACAAUUCAGAUGGAGGUACGGCUUGGAUUACCCAAGAGUCCUUUGACAGAGAUGAAACAGACAGCGGGGCAGGGUUGAAGUGGAAGAAUGUGGCCAGGCAGCUGAAAGAAGACCUGUCCAGCAUCAUCCUCCUGUCCGAGGAGGACCUCCAGAUGCUUAUUGAUGUCCCAUGUUCAGAGCUGGCUCAGGAACUCAGCCAAAGUCGUGUCGCAGUCCAGGGGCUCCAGAACACCCUCCAGCAGGUCCUUGACCAGAGAGAGGAAGCCCGUCAGUCCAAGCAGCUCUUGGAGCUUUACCUCCGGGCUUUGGAGAAGGAGGGCAGCAUCCUGUUGAAGCAGCAAGAGUCCAAAGCUGGCCUCGGUGAUGAGAGGGAUGCAGUUGACACGGGUAUUGGAGAGAGCUCCUCCGAAACUGCACUUACGAGCCAGAUCCUUAAUGCGCUGAAGGAGAAACCCGCGCCAGAGCUGAGUUUGUCUAGUAAAGAUUUGGAGUUGGUUGCCAAGGAGGACCCUAAAGCACUGGCUGUUGCUUUGAACUGGGACAUAAAGAAGACGGAAGCUGUUCAACAGACCUGUAAUCAGGAACUCAGCCUGCGCCUCCAGCAGGUACAGAGCUUGUAUUCUCUGAGGAGCAUUUCAGCAAGGAGGAGUUCGCUGCCUGGAGAAGUGCAGAAUCCCAAACAAGCCAGACGAGACCCCACAUAGCCGGCAGCCAGAAGCAUGCCAAAGAAAACCAGUGUGACCAGUGUCAGUGUCAGUAAAUACCUUCAGCCUAACCUUUGUAGCUCCCUACAUACUCCUCUACCCCCUGCCUUCGAGAAUGUUCUCCUGGAACAGGCUGGAAGACAGGCUUCAUGCCCUUUCCAGAAAAGCUAUUCCAGAUCUCCACAUGGACUCUCUGACCUAUUUUGAACCAUAGAGCUGCACCAGCAAUAUCCCACCUCCUCUAACUGCAAGUUCUUAUGUUCUCUGACAGUGGUUGUAAAGGGCAGGGAAAAGAAAUUGUCAUAUUUCAGACCCACUAUUUUUUUUUUUAACUUUUUUUUU